ACGAGUAGCUGCUUUGUGCUGAUAGCUGAGUGAAUACAAUCAUCAUACAAGUCAUAGCGUGCGAUGAAAAUACCGUAGCAGUGAAAAUAACGUACUGUAAGAAUGCAGAAGACAAGCAGGCAUUCAGGCAAGGCGCAGGCACGCUCAGCCAGCUGUUGACGUUGAUGGUACAGUACAGUCUGUGUCGUGCCGUGUCGGUGGCCGAUCGAUUCAACCUACAGCUGUUUUGGUAGAGACUGUACUGGCGUCAUGCGAUGCAGGCACGACACAGCACGGCAGUCUAGCCCAGUAGUGCUAGUGAGAUAGCAGCCAACAACACAGCAUCGACAUGAACUACAGCCAGAAAAGAAUCAACUCUCUACAACUCAUCGAAUUGGUUCGCCAGAACGAUAUUCUCUACAACUUCAAGCAUCCUGAAUUCCACGAUUAUGGGCAAAAGGAAACCAUUUGGGCUGGCAUUGAUGCUCGCCUCAGUCAACAAGAUGGCGAAAGCAAACGCAAAUGGACAAUGCUGCGAGAUGCUUAUCGUCGCAACCUCCGAAAUCGGCGGGACAAUCCAAACCGAAAACCGUUCAAAUUCUCACGACAGAUGGCAUUUAUCAGGCCCCACUUCGUGAAACAGCCAGACAAUUUUGAACAAGAUGGAGAUAAGGAGGUGCCUUACAAUAGUUUUCAAAAUACAGACAGCACACAUGCACCUGGAGAUGUUCAGGUGGAUGCUGACACAUUUGCUGAGUGCUUGCUCAUCAACGAAUUGGACGAUCACGAAAAAUCCAGGCUGAUAAGCGAGAAUCACAUGAGCACGGAUGGAGGCUACAAGCAGACCGAAUUCACAGCAUCUCCAAUCCAACAAACCAGCUUCGAAAUAUCAGGCAAAAAACAAGAUCUUAUCGAUGUUUUUCUACUGGGAAUAGGUGCGACCCUGAGGUCCUUCAACCCCUACCACUUGAACGUUGCAAAGCAGAAGAUUUUCAACAUUGUAUCUGAUUUGGAGAUGGAGCAGAUCAAAGGACGUCAGGCCAUGUCAGCCGUGGUGAGAUUAGCGCCCUCUUCCAUCAGCACACCCAAGAGGAAGCCGUCAGCAGUUAGGACAACAGAUGAUUGCACACAUUCCAGCAAAAGAUCAAAACACCAGGAGAAAGAGGAUACUGACAAAACCAGUGAUGUUGAACAUCAGACAGAAAUAGAAUUGUCUGUAGAUCAAAUUAUUGAAGAUACAAUUACUGAAGACACAAUAAUUAAUGAAGACCAAUAAGAAAAUAAUUGUUCAUAUGUGUAACAAAGGAGUUCUAUAGUUUUAUGUAUGUUGAAUUGAUUUUCUGUUUUAUGUAUGCUGAAUCGAUUUUUCCAAAUAAUUUGAAAAUAUACAUAAUAUUUUAAUCUCUUACUCAUAUUUCAAUAAAUAUGUUGAGAAACAA